AUGGGUAUCACCUUGCAAGAUAUGGAGGUGAUGCUGGGGCUUCCGGUGGAUGGGUUGCCUGUCACUGGGAAGACAGACUACAAAUGGAGUGAGCUGUGCGAACAGUUGUUGGGCCAUAAACCUCCACCCUCGAUACCAAACUCAAACAAGUCUACCCUUGCUGGGGCGAGGAUAAGAUACACCUGGCUUGAUGCACAGUUUGCCGAUCCCUUAGUUGUGGACGCUGCUGACGAAGUCGUGCAGCAACAUGCCCGCUACCACCUACUUGUACGGAUGGGGGCCCUCUUGUUCAUGGACAGGUCUGCGGACCGGGUCUCACUGCUGCCUCUGCAGUUGCUCAACCCAGUCAGCAAUGCGAGACGGUAUAGCUGGGGUAGUGCAGCAUUGGCCUGGCUGUAUAGGCAACUUUGUGGUGCAUCGAAGAAGGAUGUGAUGCAGAUUGGAGGAGCACUCUUGUUGGUGCAGCUAUGGGCCUAUUCAAGGUUCCCACAAUUAUGCCCUGUUGUGAGGCCGCCUCUAUCGCCAGUGCACUCAGGGCCCCUUGCCAUUAGGUACGUUCAUUGA